AUGUCAACACAUAGCGACGAUCUAGUAACGUCAUCCCUGACUUCACAGGUAACAGGCAUGACUCUCCAACAGGCGGAGGGUGCUAUGGCCAAGAAGACCAAAGUCGUUGAGCCUAAUGCAGCGGAGAACGCGGGCAGAGAGCCGGAGCUCGAGGCAACUCUUCCCCUGGCCUUGCAGCAACCAGACCCCCCUAACGGCGGCGUCGCCUGGCUCGUCGUUUUAGGAGCAUGGUGUGCCUCAUUCUGCAGCUUUGGUUGGAUCAAUAGUGUCGGAGCAUUUCAGGAAUAUUAUCAGAAUGAACUACUCCCCAACUACUCACCAAGUACUAUCUCCUGGAUUCCCUCGCUUCAGAUCUUUUUCAUGAUGGCCAUGGGGCCUAUUGUCGGCAAAUUGUAUGAUUCUUAUGGUCCUCGGUAUCUGGUCUUUGGGGGAUCACUUCUUCAUGUUUUCGGCCUAAUGAUGACAUCCCUCGCUACUAAGUAUUAUCAAAUUCUACUUAGCCAGGGUAUCUGUUCUGCUAUUGGCGUUGCUGCCAUUUUUCAACCUGCUUUAAACGUUAUCCACGGUUGGUUCACCACAAAGACCGGAACUGCUUUCGGCCUUAUGGCCACAGGCUCAAGUCUGGGUGGCAUCAUCUUCCCAAUCAUGGUUGCUCGCCUCAUCAAAGACAUUGGCUACAGCUGGACCAUGCGUAUCUGCGCCUUUCUCAUCCUCAGCCUCCUCAUCAUUGCUAAUCUAACGGUGCGUGCCUACCGGAGACCUCAACCCGCCAAAUUUAGCCACAAUCAAAUAAAGCAGCUAUUCAAGGAGCCGGGGUUUGUCUUAUGCCUUCUAGGCUUCUUCUGCUUUACUUUUGGAAUCUACGUUCCAAUUACCUAUCUGCCUGUCCAAGCACUCGAGAUCGGGAUAGACGCAUCUAUUACCGAGUAUCUUGUCCCUAUACUCAACGCAGGAAGUCUCUUUGGGCGUAUCCUAUCCGGCUUCGCAGGGGAUCGCAUUGGUUGCUACAAUACUUUCACCAUUGUAUGCUAUCUUACUUCAAUUUGGAUCCUUGCUCUUUGGAUUCCUUGUACCACCACAGGCGGAAUUGUCGCGUUUGCUGCGCUUUUUGGCCUCUGUUCUGGCGCCUAUGUCUCACUUAUCUCCCCUUUGAUUGCGCAGAUUUCGCCCAUGUCUGAAAUCGGCUUCCGUACGGGCGUUCUUUAUUCCGUCUCCUCCAUCGGUGGUCUUACAACGAGCCCUAUCAGUGGUGCAAUCAUUGAUGGUGCUGGUGGGUGGACGGGUGUUAAGGUUUUUGCUGGCGUACUUUGUCUGGCUGGCACCACGUUUAUCCUUGCAGCAAGACUCUAUAGCACCGGCUUUAAGCUUGCUGUUGUUUUUUAA